GGUUGGCCACCACAAGAAAACAAAAGAAAAGAAAUGCCGCCUCCAUCAUCGACUCCCAACAUUCACGCUUUCUCUCUUCUUGCUCUUGUUCCUGUUCUCGUUCUUCGUCUUCGUCUUCGUCUUCGUCUUCGUCUUCAUUGACAAGAGAUCGCCUUUUUUUCUGGGGAACCAAUGUGGAAACAGACUUACCGGGUGUGCCUGUGCUUCCGCAGGAGGUUCAACCUCCGCAUGGCGGAAGCACCGGACGAGAUCAAGCGCCUGUUCUCGCAGUACUCGGAGAAUGGGAUCAUGACGGCCCAUCAUCUCCGCAGGUUCAUGGUCGAAGUUCAGAAGGAAGAGGGUGCCACGAGAGAGGACGCGCAGGCCAUAGUGGACAGUCUACGUGAGCUUCGGCAUCUUAACGUACUUCUCAGGAAGGGCCUCAGCUUUGAAGCCUUUCUCAGAUACCUGUUUGGCGAUGUCAACCCUCCUCUCUCUUCAAAUCAAGGGGUGCACCAUGACAUGGAUGCCCCUCUGUCUCAUUAUUUCAUAUACACAGGCCACAAUUCAUAUCUAACCGGCAAUCAGAUAAGCAGUGAUAGCAGCGAUGUUCCGAUUAUCAAAGCGCUCCAGAGAGGAGUUAGAGUGAUUGAAUUGGAUAUGUGGCCAAAUUCAUCCAAGGAUGACAUCGAUGUUCUUCAUGGAGGGACUUUAACCCCUCCAGUGCAACUUAUAAAGUGUCUGAGGUCCAUCAAGGAGCACGCUUUUGUUGCGUCUGAGUAUCCGGUCAUCAUAACCUUCGAAGAUCACAUCACUCCGGAUCUUCGAGCCAAAGUGGCCGAGAUGGUCACUCAAAUCUAUGGAGAUAUGCUAUUUUGUCCCGAAGUGGAAUGCUUAAAGGAAUUUCCUUCCCCAGAGUCACUCAAGAAGCGUAUCAUAGUGUCGACGAAACCACCUAAGAAGUAUAUUCAGGCCCAAGAAAUCAGGGUAAAGGAAAUUGAAAAGCAAAAGAGAAAGGCUGAGACAGAUGAAGAGGCUUCGGGUAAAGAAUCAUCUCAACUUGAAGGUGGGGACUCUGCAGCUGGUGAUUCGAGCGAGUCUGAUGAAGAAGACAAUAAUCAUGAGGAACUACCUGAGGAAAGCGAGAAAGCACAGCGAGAUGUGGUGCCGGAAUAUGUGAGGCUUAUAGCUAUCCACGCAGUGAAACGAAAGGGCGGACUAAAAAAUUACCUGAGGAUUAAUCCUGAUAAAGUCACACGCCUGAGCUUAAACGAACAGAAGUUCGAAAAAGCAGUUGCUCGUCAUGGGAAAGACACUAUAAGGUUCACCCAGAGGAACUUGCUGAGGGUAUUCCCAAAGGCCACGCGUAUUGACUCGUCGAACUACAAUCCAAUGCUCGGAUGGAGGUACGGAGCUCAAAUGGUCGCACUCAACAUGCAAGGUCAUGGAAAAUCGCUCUGGUUAAUGCAUGGAAUGUUCAGAGCAAAUGGGGGUUGUGGUUAUGUCAAGAAACCAGAAUUCCUAAUGAAAUCAGACCCGGAUAAUGAGGUUUUUGAUCCCAAGGCCAAACUUCCAGUGAAAACAACAUUGAAGGUGAAUGUGUAUAUGGGAGAAGGAUGGUACUACGAUUUUCCUCAUACGCAUUUCGAUGCAUACUCACCUCCGGAUUUUUAUGCCCGGGUAGGAAUCGCCGGAGUGCCAGUGGAUACUGUGAUGAAGAGAACGAGGGCGCUGGAGGACAAUUGGACACCGGUUUGGAACGAAGAAUUCGAGUUUCCUUUAACUGUUCCAGAACUGGCUUUACUUCGGAUCGAAGUGAAUGACUAUGACUUCUCGGAGAAGCCCGACUUUGGAGGCCAAACAUGCCUACCGGUGUGGGAGCUGCGAAGAGGGAUACGAUCGGUUCCGCUUUAUGACCACGAGGGAGAGAAGUUCCGAUCCGUGAGGCUUCUCAUGCGGUUCGAAUUCGUUUGAAUUUGUUGCCAGGAUCACGUUUGUCAGCUGGAUGGGGUGAGGACUUUCCUGAGUUUUUCUGAGUUUCUGAACGUUCCUUUGAGACGGUUUGUGUGAACUUGGUACCGGUGUCUGUCCUAAAAUUUAGGUAGACAUGGCCAGGAAUUUUUUUUUUUUUUUGGUCUAACAUGGCCAGGAGUUCAGUGUUGGAAAUAUGUGUGCAACGAACAUGUAAGAAUCAUACGAGCAAACCUUCUCUUUUCUUUCUC